GUAGUGUUCAUAACUUAUUUUCAUUCUCUCAUCCCUCUCGUUCGUUCCGGUGUUUGUUCGCGCGGAGAAGAGUAAGCUGCGAUGGCGGAGCACAAGGAGGAGUCACUCAUGGAGAAGAUCAAGGAGAAGCUCCACGACUCCUCUUCCGAUUCGGACAACGAGUCCACCGCCGCUGCCAUCAAGGCCAAGAUCUUUCGCCUCUUCGGCCGUGAGCAACCCGUCCAUAAAGUCUUCGGCGGCGGCAAACCUGCUGAUAUCCUUUUAUGGAGGAACAAGAAGGUCUCCGGCGGCGUGCUUGCCGGAGCCACUGCCAUCUGGGUCUUGUUUGACCUUAUGGAGUACCAUUUUCUCACUCUGAUAGGACACUGCUUCAUUCUUUCUCUUGCCGUCUUGUUUCUCUGGUCUAAUGCUAGCACCUUCAUUAACAAGUCUCCACCACACAUCCCUGUAGUGGAAGUUUCUGAAGAUCUGUUUGUCAGCAUUGCACUUUCAUUGAGGCAUGAGAUCAACAGGGGAUUUGCUGUUCUUAGGGAGAUUGCUGCUGGACGAGAUCUAAAGAAAUUUCUUGCUGUGGCUGCUGGCUUAUGGGUUCUCUCAAUCCUUGGAAGCUGUUGCAGUUUCAUAACCUUGUUUUACAUUCUGGUUGUUGUGUUGUUCACUGUGCCUUUUCUCUAUGAGAAGUAUGAGGAUAAAGUGGACUCAUUUGCAGAAAAGGCAACUGCAGAAUUCAAGAAGCAUUAUGCUGUCUUCCAUGCCAAGGUGAUAACCAAGAUUCCAGUAGCCCAAUUGAAGGCUAAGAAGCUGCAUUAAAGUGGGAAGGUAGGAUUGGUGCCAUUGUGUAUUUGGCUUCAAAGUAUUUUGUCAAGUAAUGCUGUACCCAUUGUUGUUCUGAGUAUUAUUCGAGCUCCGCAUAAGGUGUUUGGUCUGAGUACAGAUAACUUCACUAUGUUUCAUAGAAGCGAUUCUGAAUUUUAUGAUCUGAAUCAGCUUUCUAUUUGAACAACUGAUAUUUCAAGUGAUUGGUGUGUGUUUUCUCCCAUUUGUAUUUGGUAUGUCAUACUUGCUUUCAUA